AUGUCACCCAGCCCUAAUGAAACACUUCUAUCCCAGGUCCCUAAGAAAUGGUCAUUGUACCCUCCGAUGCUUUUGUUGCAAACAGGCACUUUUGAUACCAUUGAAUGGGAAGAUGAAUUUGCAAAACUAGAUUCAGUUUUGAAGAAUAAAUUCUGGCAAUACUUGCUAUCUAAGAACUUCCCAGGAAUAACUCAUGUUGCAAUAAACAAGCCUAUCAUUGAAUCCGAUAUUCAACGUCGACCAUUUAAUAUAUUUCCCUUGUACGGGGAUUUUGGUCCUCAGGUCCCCUUCGAGUCUGAGCCUACGGCCAAUGACUUACAGCAAGCAUUCUGGUGUACGGUGGUCCAGAACGGUAUUCAUCAAACGUGGGCUCCAAAAUAUACUAUGUUUAGUAGAGGAAAUAUUAAAGAAAAGAAAAGACUUUUAGAUAGUUAUAAGGAUUUAAAUGGCCAAACGGUGUUGGACUUAUACGCUGGGAUCGGAUAUUUUACGCUUUCAUAUUUGAAGAACGGAGCUACAGUUUUCUGUUGGGAGUUAAACCCAUGGUCAGUAGAGGCAUUAGUACGUGGAUGCAAUAAAAACAAGUUUGGCGUUCGAGUUAUAGCGAAAGAUGAAAUAUUCUCCAAAAAGGUUUACAAUGAGCUGGUUAAAAAUGGUGUAAAGGCAUUUAUAUUCAACGAGAGUAACGAGACUGCUAUUUCAAGGAUGAAUCAACUAGGAGAGCAUGUUCCUCUAUCCCACGUCAAUCUUGGUCUUCUACCUUCUUCCAAACCCAGUUGGCCCUUGGUAGUUGAUUUAAUUCACAACCAUUCUACUAAAAGGAAAACUUUGGUUCAUAUUCAUGAAAAUUGCCAUAUCCAAGAGUUUGAGAAGUUAAAGGUGGAGAUAGAGAAUUAUUUCGCAACAAGUCAAUUUAUUCAUUUGGAGCAAGUCAAGACUUUUGCUCCGGAUAUUUGGCAUGUUGUUAUAGAUAUAGAGGUGGGUAAGUAG